UGAGCUUGCCCUGCUGAAAAAAACCCACACAGAACUUCUAAUGGUUUCCACUACAAAUACCAUUACAAAGCAUCAGCUAACCAUUAAAACCCUUUCCAUUAUUGGUCCUUAAUGGCAUCCACUAGCCAUAACAUGCCACCAAUAGAAGGCAAUAAUUUACCAGUAGAGACCCACAGGUGCCAUUACAAUUUCCAUUAAAACCAAUACAAUUCCUAUGAUAACCAUUAAAACCAUUACAAAUUUUUUAUGAGGGUUUCUUUGUGGGCAUUUUUGUAAUGGUACUCUUGCUCUUAUUUGCCACUAGGUAUAAGGAUGUGAACAGUGUAAGUUUUGUUUUGUGGGUAAGACUCUGGACUUUGACCCAUUGUCCUGAAUAACAAAAAAAACAAACAAACAAAAAAAACAGUGUUGGGAAACUUCAGGACAUGCUAGUUUAGUUAACCCACGUUUAUGUCCUUGGUGUGCUGCAAUACAUUAAAAAAGAAAAAUCAGAAAUCUAAAAGGUGUGCAUUAUAGCUGACACCUAGAUUAACACUUUACAGUUGGAUAUAUGACUGUAAGUCAUUCCCUUCAAAUGCUAUUGAAGUUAGAAACGUGUUUAACAAGGUCGUAUGUAACUUUAGAGACGGUCCCUUAAUUUCCGCAUAUCUGUGAAUACCGAACGUCAAGCCAACUUUAUUCCAGUCAUAAACUGACUACCCAUAAUGCGUGCUGUGUGCACGUGUCUUUAACAGGUGUGUACUGCUCUAAGCGUUUAGCCAACCUACUGUAGACCAACACGGGGAAGUUAAACGAUUUACCCAAGAUACUAACUACAGAUCAACAGUUUGGCAGAGUUACCAGAGAUGGAUUCAAGUUUUUCAUUGAAUCCUGUGGAACAAGAGUUCGCAUUUGUUUUCAUCUGUUUUCCAAUCGUGUAAUGCUUCAUUGUGGACAUUCAAUCUGCCUCACAUAUCUGGAGAAGAGCAGGAGAUUUAAGGCAGGUUCAUCUCACAACCACUGCCCAGAUUGCAGAGUGGAGUAGCAGAAUUCUGAAUUUGCAUAGAGGAACCUUACAAUGGAAAACACAGUUGAAAGUUACAAGGCCACACUUCAGGAAACGGCUGAAGGUGCACCUCAAAGAGGCGUGGAAAUAGAUGUGAUGGAAAGAAAAUAUGAGCCAUCAUGUCCUAGCCAGGGAGACGAUGGAUGUGAAGCAAUGUCCAACCCUGGUAAAGAUGUUGCUGAUCAUUCAGACUGUAUAGAAGUCAAGUUAUCUGAUGAGCUAAGCAAACGUAGAUCUCGAGUAACUCCUGUGAUGAUGGACAUCCAAGCCAAGAUUGAACUGGUGGAUGAUCUGUUGGCCAAUGCAAAGAAAAAAGAAGCAGCAGUCAAGACAUCAAACACCACCUUCAAAGCAGAAGUGCAAAUGGUUCUGGAGGAGAUGGUGGAGCUUCUGAGGAACUACAGUACAGCAGGGAUGGAGCUUCUAGAGGCCCAGUUAAGGCCAAGAGAGGAGCUUUUGGAGACCAGUGUUCAAACACUGUCAGAUCUCCGUAGGCAGCUUAAGGAAACAGAGCUCCAGGUUAACACCUUGUUGGAAGAGCAAGAUGAGGUUAGAUUUUGUAAAGAGAUCCAGGGGGUUGAGAAACUUGCUGCCAGUCUGAUUGUCAAACCUCAGAAAAUUGGAGCGAGUGAUGAGAACGAGGCAAACAUCAACAUGACCCAUAUGUGUGAGGAAAUGGAACACCGCAAUUAUGACCUCCAUCUCAAACUUGGAGCUGCCAAACGUCGUUUACGAAAUAUUCUCAACCCUUCUGAGGUGACUUUUGACUCUGAGACUUUACAUCCUUGCCUGGUGUUGUCUGAGGAUCGUAAAACUGUGUCCUUCAGUGUUGUUAAACAACCUUAUCCAGCUGGGCCACAGAGGUUCACCAACUACUUUCAGGCUCUGAGUUCCCAAAGUUUUUCCAAAGGAGAACAUUGCUGGAUUCUGCAAGCUGAAGGUUGCCCAUGGGUUCUGGGACUGUGCUAUGGGGGGUUACCCCGCUCUGGUACUGAAAGUGGUCUAGAAAGCAGAAGUGGAGCUUGGUGCCUAAUGUGGUAUGAUAACCUACUUAGGGCAUAUGAAGGAGGAAGAGAAACCCCGCUCAAGCGUACCCCUUUUUUCCAGAAGCUGGAGAUCCGCCUUAGCUUCAGCAAAAAUUGUGUAACAUUUUCUAGCAUAAGCAAUGUUAACGCAGCCAAAACUCAUCUCCAUACUUUUAAUGUGAGCUUCACUGAGCCUGUCUAUUUGGCUGUGAGAAUGAUGUCUGGUCAGCCUAAAGCUCGGAUAACACUGUGCGAGUAAAGUUAAAUCCACCUUAUAGAACACUCUUAAAGAUAACACAUCAUGUGUUAAUUUUGAACACACCGGCAUGUCUAGUCAAGGACAACGCAUUCUGUGUUUAGAAACGUUUAGAAAGUCCGAUGGUUGCCACUAGGUGGUGUUGAUCUCAACGUGAACCCAUGAACCAGUGUCUACUGGGGUUUUAACUGAUUCCGGGUCAGUUUUGUGUAUAUAUGUUAAUAAAACUGCAAUGAAUUAAUUGGGUUUGUACUGACCCAUGAUCACUGCUCACUUCAGGAUGCCUAGUUAAUCACCUGACGCCAGAUUUUUACUACAAAACAAACAAGCCUAGGCCAGAUGUGUGUUAAGAACUUCUGUUUUUAAAUAAAAAUUCAUAAUGACA